AUUAUUAUAUGUCUAUGAUCCAUAACAUAUAUUGACAUUUUGCAAUCGGGGAACGAAUCUGUGUUCUUUCAGUGUUUUUCUAACCUUGAAAAAUUUGAAAUUUUCAAAGGAUUAUUGAUAUUGCAAAAUAUUAACUAAAAUGGAUUUACUGAAUGAAGCCAGGGUCCAAUUAGAGUCAGUAGUAGGAGAAGAUCUUCUCAAGGAAUAUUUUGCGAUCUUGAGACAAUGGUUCCUCCUCAAUUCGCCUGUAAACAAGGAAGAAUUCGAUAGACAGGCCCGAAAAUUAUUGCUAAAUGAAGAACAGAUUGUGGCACAUAACAGAUUCCUUAGGGCACUUCUGGAAAAAACAAGCUCAGACACCUCUAAAAUAACUAAAACUAUUGAUUCUGAACCUCCAAAGAAUAAGAGUAGUAAAGGGGAGACAGAGAGAGGAAAGACUUCAAAGUCAAAGAGAGGUCAUUUUCAACCUAUGGAGUUUGCAGAAUGUGUGCAGCCUCAGGAUAUUUCCAAAAUAAUGCCUAAUGACUUUUCUGUCAGGUAUGCUGCUAAUGAAUUGUUUAUGCCAGACCAAGCAUUCUUUUCUGUACGGAUAGCAUUGGCAGCAUGGGAAAAUGGCUUACAGGGGGCUGAAGGGAAUGUAACUGAUCUGAUGGUUACUUGUUGUCAGACGUUUGUCAGAAAUAUUCUGACUGCAUUAAUCUCCAGAAAAAAGGGUUUCAAAGUCCGAGAUGGAAUGUUCCAAUAUGGUUUUAACCAACCUAUACCAGAUCCCUUUCUCAGAAACUAUAACAACAUAGUGGAUGACUCGGAUGAACCCCGGAUAGAUGUUCCAGACGAUGAUGAUAGCUUUGUUCCCAGGCAGAAACCGUCGUUAGAAAGGGUGGAACAACAAUUGGCAUUCUCCUAUGCUAGUUCGAGGAAAAGGAAAAUGAAUGAUACACUAUCUGUUCAGCUUCUACAUGAUACUCUUAGAGAGAAUCCAAAAUUGCUGGGCUUUGGUGCAAGUUCCCAAGUAAAUUUAUUGAAAUUGGAUCUGCAAUCUGAGUAAUUCAAUUUUCACAUAAUCGUUUGGAUUCCCAUACAAGUGAGUUAGGUCAACCAUUAUUUCUGGAUUAUGGAUCUGAAUUGUUACUGUUGAUAAUUUUUGAAAAUGUACAUAAUAACAAUUUCUCAAGUGUGUAUAAUAAGGACAACUCAUUGUUUGAUUUGAAAUUAUUUAUUGGUGUACAAUAGGUAAAUAAAGAGAAUGCACUGUCAAGCUUUCAA